AUGGGUUUCCUUUACAUACUAAUUUUGACACAUGCUGGCCAGGAAGCUUUUGGAUCAAUCACCAGGUCCUAUUACAGAGGUGCUGCUGGUGCACUGCUUGUCUAUGACAUCACUAGGAGGGAGACAUUCAAUCAUCUUGCAAGCUGGUUGGAAGAUGCAAGAGAACAUGCUGGUGCUAAUGUGACAAUCAUGCUGAUAGGUAACAAAUGCGACCUGGCUUGCAGAAGAACUGUCGAAACUGAGGAAGGAGAACAGUUUGCCAAAGAGCAUGGAUUGAUCUUUAUGGAGACCUCGGCAAAAACUGCACAGAACGUUGAGGAGGCAUUUAUUAACACAGCAGCAGCGAUAUACAAAAAAAUCCAGGAUGGAAUGCUUGAUGUAUCAAACGAGUCAUCUGGAAUCAAAGUUGGAUCUGAACUAGUCACGUCCCCAAAGGGGGGAAGGAAGGAGUCCUCAUCUAAAGCUGGUGGUUGCUACGGCUGA